GGCAUGCAUUCAAUAAUAUUGAGAACGGCAAUUUCUUUCUCAGUUUUCUGCCAGAAAUGUGUCUUUUAUUCAAAUGCAGUCGGUUUCAAGCGUAAAGGAACACAGAGCAAAACUAAUGCAGUCCUUUCAAAACUGGGAAUAUUGAGUGCUAUGUUACCAUUACACUGCUAACGGUAAUUAUUAUUCGGCAACUGAAUUAUCUAUGUUGAAGUAUUUAGAAAACUUAUUUCUGACAAAAGAAGCUAAAAGAUAACAAUAAGUGAAGAGCUUACCGGAAACGAAGUGUUGACUACACAAUCUGGAGUUAGAUGUCGGCUGCCAGUGAUCCCUUCUGAUGGCAGCCAGCCAUUUAUUACGACGGUCUAAGACUUUGGGGAUCGAUACAAACUGUAGUCCGGGGUUCCUUUGGCGAAUAUUGUCACAGCCCACAGCACAACAAAUCCCAGGCAUAUCCACAAACUUUAUUAUUCACGAUGUGUCUUUCUCUGUUGCUUCCUCCGUGUUCUCUGUUGUUGUAAUGACUUGCUGUGACCGGACACCAAAAUGGCGGCGCUAGAAUACAGUGACGUCACGUGGUAACCAUGAAUAACAUCAUCGAUAACAUAGCCCACAGUUAUUCUUCUAUGCUUAUUGAACGGCAACAACUUCAAUGUCGCAGUGCCACCUAGUGGACUGGUAAACUAACAUGCAAUAUAUAUAUAUAUGACCUUACAACAAAUUACAUUGCAACCGAGUGAUGUAAUAUCACAAUGUGCUCGAAUACAAAACAGAUAAGUCCUCUAAAUGUUGGACAUUACAUUUCAAUUUCACCCAAAGUGACUUACAAUAAGAUUCAAACACAAAUAUUCAAACUCACAACAGGAAGGUGCUUGAUGGUCUGAUUUGCAUUUAGUAACCAAACUCAAGCCAACCAUAGGAUAAUUGUGAACAAGGUUUUAUUUUGAAAAUCCUGUCCGGAAGUACUGCUCUUUAUUAUGUCUGGCUUGACGCUGGCCAGGCAUUGUAGCUUUCCGUCCUGAUGAAAAUAUCAAAGUGUGCACUACUGUCCUUGUAUUCUAUGACAGAGCAGGGUACCGGAUCACCAGCGGAACACAGCGGGUAGAGAGUCCGGCCUGAGUGUCACUGUCCCCGGGCUUCAGAAGGCACAAGGUCCCCCCUCUGCCUGACGGAUCCCCGGCUUGUGGAGCAGCUUUCUCCUUGGAUGACCUACACGCAACCUCUCUCAGGAGCAGCAGACGUCGUUUCCUUACAGCUGAGCACCUGCUGGUUAGGAGGUGCAGCAUUAUUUAGACACAGUGGGCAACAAGCCAAAGCGAGGUUCGUCCAGGAUUCAGACCGACUCUGGAGCACCUGACGUGGGGAACAAAAUAAGACACGUUACGAAAACCUUCUCCUUAACGUGGCUGCGUCAGGAGGAGCGGACAGAGGACUGCGAGUUGCAGAGUUGAUAUUUCAUGUGCGCACCUGAUAAGUAAGAAGACAUACAGGGUUUAAACACGGACACUGCAGGAUAUUUCGGCGUUCACAUGAUGUACACAAUCACCAGAGGUCCCAGCAAACUUGUUACACAGCGGCGGACAGGUCCAACACAACAAAUCGAGAGCAAAUGUUGCGACUUGAAGCUGAAGCCGACGUCUUGGCUCUCGUCAACCUCUCCUCCCCCAAAGAUUGUGUUCAAUCGUCUGAAUGGGAAGCGCUACCACGGUGCAGCCACACAGAAGAGCCCCUGCCCCGCAGAGGGAUUCACUCCUGGACAUGAAGAGAACGUCAGAUUUGUGCAUGAAGGUGAGGGUCUCAAGAUCAAUACAUGA